AACUGCAUUUUUCCCACUUUUGUCUCAAUCCACUGAAUAAUGAUUCUCGCUGUCCCUUGUCGUUUCUUUUCCAUUUCAUUUUUUUUUUUUUUUAAUUGAGAUUUCUCAUCAUCUGAUCCGCACUGCAUCCUUCCCGAUGCAAAUUGCAAUUUGCAAAACCCUAACUUUGUCUUCAAAAAUCUGUUCUUGAUCAAAAGGUCAAUUUGGUUUGUUUGAUUUCUGCAAUUGAUUGAUGAGUUUCUUUUGAUGUCUUGGGCAAGUGGUGCAAUAAAAAAAAACGAAAAUGAAGUAAUUUAGGGUCGUUAGCAAGCUGUCAGACAAUGUAAUAUAAUAAUAUUGCUAUGCUCCCCACAUGUUCGAUCAAAUGCCUCAAAGAGACUUCCCUUAAUUUACUACACUUCUUCUAUACCUUUUCACACAAUCUUAAUUUUCUUCGAAUCAGGCAGCUGUUCAUAGCGACAAACAAGAAGAAAAUUCGAUCGAAUCCACAAUGGGAAGUGAUGGAGGAUGGGAAGAGGAGGUCGAAAAGUUCGAAAGAUCGAAAGCCGGAGUCAAAGGCCUCGUGGAUUCAGGAAUAACAAAACUUCCCUGUUUUUUUCGAACACCCUUUCCGGUGUCCGAAACCAAUGACGGCUCCAAAGUUCAGAUCCCGGUAAUAGAUUUGCAGGGAGUUGACCUCGGCGGAUCGCGGCGAUCAGAGAUUGUCGACGAGAUCCGCCGGGCGUCGGAGAAUUUGGGAUUCUUCCAAAUAGUCAACCAUGGAAUACCCGCCGCCGCAAUUGACGACAUCCUCGAAAGCACGAGGAGUUUCCAUGAGCAGCCUAAGGAAGCCAAGAUGGACCUCUAUUCGUCGGACGGCAGACGGACCGUUAGAUUCUACACGAUCAACGGUCGUCUCGAGAGAUCGCACAUCGCAGGCUGGAGGGAUGCGCUUUCUUGCACAUUUUUGGAUGGCGUCGUCGACCCUGAGGUUAUCCCUCCUGUUUGUAGGGACGGAAUCGUAGACUACAUGAAGCACAUGAAGGAUAUAGGCGAGGCGGUCUCGGGGCUCCUCUCGGAGGCAUUAGGAUUACGCCAAAAUACAUUGUCGCAAUUACAAUGUAUGUAUAGUCAAUACCUGUCUUGUCUCUACUACCCGCCAUGUCCUGAGCCCGACCGGGCCUUAGGCGCGACAAAGCACUCCGACCCGACGGCCCUCACCAUUUUAGUCCAGGACACCACCGGCGGCCUCCAGAUCCACCACGACGAGCGGUGGGUCGACGUCCCGCCGAUCCCGGGAGCCCUGAUUGCGAACAUCGGGGAUCUUCUGCAGCUGAUCACAAAUGACAAGUUUAAGAGCGUGGAACAUCGGGUGCUCGCCAGGGCGGCGGGCACCCGUCUUUCUGCUGCUUGCUUUUUCUAUCCGAGCGGCAUGGAAAUUUCCGCCGGAGAACACCGGCCGAUCGACGAGCUGGUGUCGGACGACAACCCGCCGCGGUACCGGCCGGUGAACUAUAUUGAGUUUGUGACUCAUUUCCAGAAACAUGUUAAAACUGGAGAUUCAGCUUUGUGUAAUUUCAGGGUUUGAGUUGUUUUUGGGUUAUAGAACAUUUGUGGCUUCUUUGAGUUUGAGUAUGAGUACUUUGAAUAAUAUUUGUUGGUUUUGGGUUUAAGGUUUGGGGGUUAGAAAAGUUUAAGUUCAAAUAGUAUUUGAUGUC